AUGGGGUUGAGGGUAUUCAAAAAAGUUGAUACAGUGCAUGAAGCCAGGGGCAAAGCAAAGUUAGUGAUCAAAAAUCUCGUAGCUUCCUGUUUGUUAUUAGCUAGUGAUAAACAAGAUUGCAUCAAAAUGCAUGAUGUUGUACGUGAUGUUGCCAUAGAUAUUGGAUCCAAAGAGUAUUUUGUACGAGCUGGUUGCAAUUUGAAAGAUUGGCCAAAUAUGGAUGGUUUGGAUCAAUACACUGGCAUAUCGUUGAUGAGAAAUCAAAUCAGUAACCUUCCUGAGGUCUUGGAAUGUACAAAGCUCCAAAUAUUACUAUUACAAGACAAUAAAAAUGUAUGGUCAUGUUCACAUGAAUUCUUUUCAAGGAUGAAUGCACUUAGUGUUUUAGAUUUGAGCCAAUUAUACUACCUUGUUGACAAUCCAAUUCGUAGUCCUGAUGCUUUCAAUAACCAAACGUGUCUUCGAACAUUAGUUCUUGAUGGAAUUAAGUUUGGGGGCACUAAAUUUCUUGGACAGUUAAAGACGCUUGAAGUCCUUAGCUUCAGGCGUGCCUUCUUUUCUGAGGCACCAAAUGCUAUAAGGGAGUUAACUAAUCUAAGGUUGUUGGACAUGACUGAAAGCGAACAUGAAUUUCCGAUUCCGGCCACAAUGGUAUUCCAUUUGGAGGAGUUGUACUUGUUUGGCAGCAGAUAUUCGAGGAGGAGGAUUGGAGACCCUGCAGUAGAAGUAGCUGUUGUACUAAGUUCUUGGCCUCGCCUAAAAGUGCUAACCAUUUCCAUACCUGACAUUGCGCAUAUACCAAAGAACUUUGUUUUUCCUGAGCUGGAAAGUUUUAUUAUUUUUAUUGGAAAAUCGAGUUCGGAGUAUAGGGUUGAAAAUUAUUCCCCAAAUCAUUUGAAACUUGGAAAUUUGGUUGGACGCUUUGUUGAUUGGAGUAAAUGGCUAAAGAUGGUGUUGAAGAGAGCUACAUGUCUGAGGAUUGAAGAUUGUUCUGAAUUGGAAUACUUGAUCAACAGAGACGAAUGGGGGAUUUCAUCACAGGCACAACCACGUGAUCUGCAAUUGCUUUCCAACCUGGAAGAAUUGGAACUCGACAAGUUGGAUAGUUUCAAAGGGAUAUGUGCAGCAAAUGCACUUACUACUUCCAGCUGGGUGUGCUUCCCAAAGCUCAGAAGUUUGACAGUUCGCGAAUGUCCUGAACUAUCAACUGUUCUUCUUCCAUUCAAUUUGCUUCAAAGGCUACAACAUUUGGAGUGUCUUUCGGUAGUAGAAUGCGAGAAAUUGGAACAAGUAUUUGAUUUUGGUUAUGAAGGAGAAGGCAUGAAGCUGCUUUCUAGUUUGAGAGAUUUAAGACUAGAACACUUGUCUAGAUUGAAGCAUAUAUUGAACUGCUCCAGUCGUCAACAUGUGCAACUCUGCAACCUAACAUAUUUGUAUGUCAAUUCAUGUGGCAAACUGAAAUAUGUCUUCCAACCUUCCAUAGCUCAAGCUCUUCAUCAACUUGAAGAGCUUUUUGUAUAUAACUGUGAAGAAGUGGAGGAAAUUGUUGCUGCGAAGCAAAACGAAAGUGUUCAAAAGUCUCAAAGUGCUCAGCCUUGUAAGUCUUCCAAACCUAAGUGGUUUCUGCACAGGAGGAGACGACUUUCCUUUUGA